UUCCCCAUAUCGAGCGGCUUCCUUCUUCUUCGCUUCCUCUCCUCUCUCCGCCAUUUUUCUACUGCUUUUACUGCGCCCCAAAUCAACCCACCCUCCGCGGCGGCGGCGCGAUUACUCCCGUGCUCGCUCACUUAACCCUAGCUCCCUCGCCGCCGCCGGCGAUGUCGGCGCCGCCCGCGCCGCCCCAUCCCCAGCCGGAGGAGCUGGAGGUGGCGGAGGAACCCCCCGCCGCGGCGGGAGGAGUGGGGAACGACAAGGUGCUCGCGGCGGCGCAGCACAUCGUGAAGUCGCUGGCCACGUCGAAGAACGCCGCGGACGACAUGAUCCGCAUCCUCUCCGGCUUCGACCACCGCUUCUCCUCCAUCACCGCCGACCUCUUCCCCUCGCCCUUGCCGUCGUCGGGCGCCGGGCCCACCCCGCCUCCGCCUCCGCCGCCGCGGGGGGCGUUCGAGGCCGCGGAGAGGCUCAUCCGGCAGUGGGACGCGACCUCGGAGCUGCUGGUGUUCGAGGGCCCCGAGGGGGACGUCGCCGACUACCUCGAGGCGGUCGACGUCGCCGUCGACCAGCUGCUCUCCGGGGUGGGGGCCGCCGCCGCCGACGCCGAGGCCGAGGCGGCGGGCGUCGUGGUGCAGCUCGCGAUGGCGCGGAUGGAGGAGGAGCUCCGCCACCUCAUGGUCCGCCACGCGGUGCCGCUGGACGCGAGCGGGCUCUUCUGCUCGCUGCGCCGCCUCUCCCUCGAGUCCAUGGACGACCUCGACACCUCCUCCGAGUUCGAUCCCAUCACCCCGCACAGCCUGGAGGGCGGCCCGGACACCGCUCGCAGCGCCAGCCUCGUGGGGAACCCCUUCGACGACCAGGUGUUCGACCUGGUGCGCCCUGAGGCCAUUGACGAUCUGCGCUCCAUCGCUCAAAGGAUGGACCGCGCGGGGUAUGCCAGUGAGCUCGAGCAGGUCUACUGUGGCGUCCGACGUGACCUGCUCGACGAGUGCCUCGCGGUGCUCGGGGUCGAACGCCUCAGCAUCGAUGAAGUGCAGCGCAUGGAGUGGAAGCUUCUGAAUGACAAGAUGAAGAAAUGGGUGCAUGGGGUCAAGACGGUCGUGCGUUCCCUGCUGACCGGUGAGCGCCGGAUCUGUGAUCAGGUGCUCGCCGUGUCUGAUGAGCUGCGUGAUGAGUGUUUUGUUGAAUCUACCAAGGGUUGCAUAAUGCAGAUUCUUAACUUUGGUGAUGCUGUGGCGGUGUGCUCUCGCUCGCCGGAGAAGCUCUCCCGGAUUCUUGACAUGUAUGAGGCACUUGCUGAGGUGAUCCCUGAACUGAAGGAGCUGUUCUUUGGGAAUUCUGGGAAUGAUGUAAUCUGUGAUUUGGAGGGGGUUCUUGAAAGGCUUGGGGACGCAGUGAAGGGCACACUUCUCGAGUUUGGGAAAGUUCUUCAGCAGGAGUCAUCACGGCGGCCUAUGAUGGCUGGUGAGAUCCACCCAAUGACACGUUACGUGAUGAACUAUCUUCGGUUGUUGGUUGUUUACAGUGAUACGCUUGACAAACUCUUGGGUGACGAUUCUGCUGGAGAUGUUGAUCAUAGUGAUACGCAUAGAGGUGGUGAUGAUGAGGAGGAGUAUUUGGAGAGCUUGUCCCCACUUGGACGACAUUUAGUGAAGCUGAUAUCUUAUCUGGAGGCAAAUUUGGAGGAAAAAUCAAAACUGUACGAGGAUGGUGCACUGCAAUGCAUAUUUUCCAUGAAUAAUAUACUCUAUAUUGUCCAAAAGGUGAAGGACUCUGAACUUGGGAGGAUUUUAGGUGAUCACUGGAUACGGAGGCGCCGUGGGAAGAUUCGGCAAAAUUCAAAGAACUACCUUAGGAUAUCAUGGACUAAGGUUUUGUCUUUUCUCAAGGAUGAUGCACACGGCGGCAGAAGCGGAAGUGGAAGUGGUAGUGGGAAUAGCUCUAGGAUCAAGGAGAAAUUCAAGAACUUCAACUUGGCCUUUGAUGAGAUAUACAGGAGUCAAACGCUCUGGAAGGUACCAGAUCCUCAGCUUCGUGAAGAGCUCAAGAUAUCUAUCUCUGAAAAUGUGAUACCAGCAUACCGUGCUUUUCUGGGAAGAUAUGGUAGUCUAGUGGAUAGCGGAAGGAAUUCAGGUAGAUACAUCAAAUACACCCCAGAGGACUUGGAGAAUCAGCUGUCUGAUCUAUUUGAAGGUUCACUAGGGCCUGCCAACCAUUCUAGGAGAAGAUAGUAGCUCCCAUUUGACUAAAUUUGGUGACAGGUAUGCUUUUGCUACAAGGGAUGCUAUGUGUCCGAACUGCUGAGUCAUCACAUGGACUGAUUGGUGCCUUUUGAGUUUAGAUUGUCCCCUUGGUUAUUACAAUAUUGUAAUACUAUACAAGGAUCCCUUCGUUUUUCUCCAUCAGAUUAUAUGUACCAAGAAGUGAUGUACAUACAUUGCUUUUUCAGUGUGUUCAUAUCCUUGCACACUUCAUUUCCAUGAUCCAGUACCUUUGCACUUUGUAGGGUGGCCAGUUCUUGGAAUAGAUCAGACAAGUAAUAGGCAUUUGUUGCUGGAGCAAUCUUAUCUGGCAAGAUACUGAUAUGAAUUAAAUACAUUUAUUGUCGAUUCUGAAAUAAACGUAAUUUUAGUCCA